AUGGUCUCCAAAAAAGGGCCAGCGGCGGCCCCUGGAGGCGUCUCUAAGGUCGAAAAGGACGCCGAUUUGGUGAUGGCUACGAACAAUAGUAGUAUUGCAUCGAAACGAAGCGUCGAGCAGCUUUAUUACCCUAAACCCCAUUUUUUCCGGCAUUUCGUUGGGAAACCUCAGCGACGAUCGCCCGGGAUCAAUCGCGGAUAUUGGCUUCGGAUGCAUACGAUGGAAGAGAGCGUCCGCCGAUUCAUGCGCGAACCUUCAGAGAAACCCAAAUUCGUCUUGAAUCUUGGUUGUGGCUUUGAUCCGUUGCCCUUCAUACUGCUCAGCGCCGACGAGAGCCUCUGUAGAAAUACGACGUUCGUGGAUAUUGAUUACGAGAAAUUGAUGGUCAAUAGAAAGCUGUCCAUCGAGAAAUCGGACGAUAUCACACAGCUCCUCCAGGAUGUAGAAUUCCUGCCAAACGACAGUCCCAUCCUGGUUCGCAGCAAGAACUAUGUGGCUGUUGGCUGCGAUCUGAAGAACCUAGAAAAGCUAGACGAAGUGCUCAGACGGCAAAUCCUGCCCUCGGAGUGCUCGGUUCUCUUUCUGGCGGAAGUGUCCCUGACGUAUAUGGACGUCAAUUCCGCCACUGCGGUAUUGCAAUGGGCCGCGAAGUUAAGCAACGAUGCUCAAUUUUGCAUAUUAGAGCAGUUUUUCCCAGACGGACCGGAGCAUCCUUUCGCAUCGGCCAUGAUGAAGCACUUUAAGAAGAUGGGCGCGCCCCUGCAUUCGGUACACGAAUAUCCUUCGCUGCGCCAACAGGAGGAACGCUUUAAAGCCGCUGGAUGGAGCCAGGCGAAGGCCAGGAGUUUAUGGGAUCUUUGGUCAGACAACGAAUUUGUCGGCAUCCCCCUCAGGAACUCUCUAGAUCUAGUGGAGCCAUUCGACGAGUGGGAAGAGCUCGCACUCUAUUCGUCCCAUUACUUCCUCCUGCAUGCCUCUACUUCUCCAGGCUCCGAAGCCCUUUCAGAGUCGACAAUCCCCGACGCGUCAGGGGACCCUAGUGCCGAGUUCUCACUACUGGCAAACUGCCCAUCUGUGGUUGGCCAGCGGCGAUUCGGGGCGCUGAUUCCCGACGGAAACUCAUCGAUCGGCUACCAUUCCGGGAUAGGCCGUCAAACACGGCUGCUAUCCACCGAUCUAUAUACCAAUUCGGAAGAAAUUGUCGAAUCUCGGCUGCCUUUCCCUCCGAAUGACGUAUCGGCCCGAAUGUGUCACACAGUCACGGACCUGGGCAACGGCGACUGCCUACUUGUUGGAGGGAGAGCCUCUCCAGCCUCGGGGUUUCAGGAUUGCUGGCUGCGAGAAGCGGGCCAGUGGCGCCAAACCCAGAGUCUCCCGGCUUCUAGAUUCAGACACAAUGCUGUAAAAGUCACUCUCGACACGGAUUAUGUGCUUGUAUAUGGAGGAAAAGACAGUAACGGCCCCGUGCUGGGUACAUGGUUAUCGUGGAGCAAAAGCGGAAACGGAUGGCGAGAGGUCGAGGUCAACACAGAUAAAGUUGGGUCUCGAUUCGGGGCUUGCUUGACAAACCUUGAUGAUACAUCAGGGGUGCUAUGUGGGGGAAUCGGCCCGGAUGGAGUCGUCCUUGAUGACUUUUGGACGUGGAAAUUCCAACAGAAGAGUGACGGAUCCCUUUCUCUUGAACUGACUGACCAAACCGAGAACUUGCGAAACAACUCGCCUUUGUUCAAGUAUAUCAAUCGGUUUGGGGCUACGAUCAGUCGGACUUCGUGGGGUCUGGUUAUUGUCGGCGGUAUCACCGCUCGACAAGUGGUUCCUCUUGACAAAGAGAUUAUGCUUCUCGACUUGUCAAUUUUGUUGAAAUGUUUGAGAGAAGAGAAGACUUGGACCGACAGCCCCAAUAUUGUUUCUGCAAUCGGACUAGGGGUUGGCUUUGAAGGGCCGAGACCUUUACUGGUCGGCCAUGUUGCGAGCACUGUCACUCCCACCGAAUUAAUUAUUUUGGGCGGCGGUGCCGUCUGCUUCGCGUUUGGAACCGUCUGGACGGAGGGGACCUGGAUGCUGAAGCAGAAGGACUCUACCGCCGAAAACAACUGGGCCCUGUGCGUUGAUUCCAAAGCGGCGGAAGAGAUCAUGUUAACUCCUCGCGUGCGAGUCGCAAAGUCCGCGCACUUUCAACAGAUUCUCUGGACAAAAGAGUAUCUCACCAGUGCAAUCGGUGGUGACAGCAAUUCAAAUCAAGCCGUAGUGCACGCAGCCCAUACAGAAAAUCUGAGCUCCCAAUCCAAAGAAUUCUCUUACGCGACUAAACGUUUUGGCCCGUUCAUGGACGAGGUGCACGCGGGUGGUCACCAGGACCUGCGACGAAACAGCCUGCCAACCGCGUGGCUGAUUUCCAGAAUGAAAGACGAUUUUCGACUCCCCGAGAUGUUUUCACAGGUGUCGGGAGUUGCACACAGCUCCCCACUGAGGAUAUUUGGAGGCCACUUGCACCCAGGAGACGUUCUCUUCAUCCCGCCACUGUGGCUGCAGACCGCGUCACCCACAGGCCAGAAAGGGUAUGCCGCCGGUCGGGAUGUCUAUGGCAAUCGGGACUUGCAAGCCAAUAAGAAAUCGCUCAAUGAUCUCCAGAAGACGAUCAGGUUAUUCGAGUGA